AUGGCGCGCCGCGACGCCUACGUCGUCGCGGCCGCCGUCAUCGCCGUGCUGUGCAUCUCGUCCCUGCGCCUGUCCACGUCCCGCAGCCGCGCGGCGCCGCCGCCCGUGGCGCACGCGGCGGCGCUCACGGAGCUGGGCCUCGUCGCCGAGCGCCUCGCGACGACGGCCGCGCGCCAGGAAAAGACGCUGGCGUCGCUGGCGUCGUCGGCGUCGGCGACGCGGAGCGCCGUGGCGGCCUUCGAGCGGGGCGACGCGCUGGCCCGGGCGCCGUCCGCCGCGGCGCCCGCGGCGGACGGCGCCACCGUCGACGGCGCGCGCGCGCCGUUCGUGUUCGUCGCGGGCCUCGAGGGCACGGGCCACCACUGGUACAAGUCGCUCUUCGAGCAGUGCGGCCGCCGCUGCCGGCCGUCGCUCGUCGGGCCCCUCGCCUGGCAGCGCGCGGCCGCCGUCUUCAACUCGAAGAUGGCCGCGGACGCGCCCGCCGCGGAGCUCGCCGCGGCCGCCGCGGCGCGCGAGGCGGGCGAGGGCCCGGGCGCGACGACGUGGAUCCUCAACGCGCUGGGCGGGCGCAACGACGACGCCAUGGCCGCGCUGAAGAAGCGCGCGCCGCUCGCCUGGACCGAGGGCGAGGGCAUGGCGUCCUACCCGCGCGCGCCGGCGCCGCGACCGAACUGGUGGGGCACGCCGACGCCGGACCACAAGGCGCUCCAGAUGCCGAGCCUCGGCGCGCUCGCGGACGCGUUCCGCGACGGCGCGCCCGCGGCGGCCCAGCUCCGCGUGUCUCUCGCGACGCGAGACGCCGCGGCCAUCGUGCGCUCCGUCUGCGACAAGCGCAACUUCGCCAAGUCCGUCGGCGGCUGCGCGUCCGAGGUCGCGAUCCUCGCGCUCGGCGCCGGCGCGCUCGCGGCCCAGGUCGACGCGCUCCCGCCGCCGCCGCUCGCGCUCUGCGACCACUUCGCCUUCGAGGACCUCGCCAAGGGCGACGCCGCCGCGCUCGCGCGCCUCGGGCCCUUCCUCGGCCUCGACGACGCCGGCGCGCUCGCGCGCCGCGUCAAGGCGCCCCACACGCCCUCCGCGCCGGGGCCCAAGGACGCCAAGGGCCAGCGCGACCGCGCGACGCUCGUCGCCCAGCUCGCGGCCGCGCAGGACUCCGCCGUCGCCGCCUGCGCGCGCCAGCGGCGGCGCGCGUAA